CCCAGAUAGGAUAGGAGUAAAAAAACAAAUCCGAAACCCUAGAGACCUCACACGCGUGUCACGUGACCCCGAGGGCGGUGAAUGGGAAUAUAGAGAGGGAGAGGGAGCCGCAAAAGACCUAAAAACAGCACAAAAGAAACAACGAAUCCCCCCACCACAGCCGUCCGAUCAAAGCCAAGUCAUCGAUCCGCGUCUCUCCGUCAUUCAACGGCUCAGAUCAAGGUGUUGCAGAGAGCUGAGUCCCUUCCUCAUCUCCCUCUCUCUCUCUCCCCAACCCCUCCUCUCUCUCUCUCUCCUCCCCUGUUUCCUCCCUCCUCCUUCGAUUUUCCCUGUUUUUAAUUCUAAUUUUCACUCGGGUUUUCUGUCGGAUUUUCUCGACAAAAGUUGUUGCUGAAGAAGAUGAAAGGGACGGAGGAAGAGGAGAUAAUAGAUUUGGAGGAGAUGCGUGAAGAUGAAGUGGACGACUCCGAGGAGGAAGUAGAUGAGGACGGAGAAGACGAUGAUGACGUGGAUGAAGAUGACGAUGACGAGGAGGAGGAGGAAGAGGAGGAUGUGACGGAGGUGCUGCAUAACUCCGGUGGGCCCCCUGUGGUGUCUGUAGAUGACGACGAGGACGACGAGGAUGACGUGGACGACGACGGCGGCGACGACGACGACGAUGACGGGGAUAGUGACGACGACGACGAUGACGACGAGGAUCCAGACGAGGAAGUCGAAGAAGAGGAGGACGUGGGAACAGAGUACCUUGUUCGACCUGUGAGUCGUGCUCAAGACGAUGAAGAUGGCAGUGAUUUUGAACCAGAAGAGAAUGGCGGGGGGGAAGAGUUUGAUGAAGAGGAUGACGAAGAUGAUGAUGGUGGGAAAGUGGAGGUUCCAGCAAAUAGGACGAGAUUGGAGGAAAACGACUCUGGCGGUGAUGACGACGACGACGAUGGCGGGGAGGAUGAUGUUUUUGAUGAAGAGGAUGACGAAGACGAUGAUGGUGGGAAAGUUGAGGUUCCAGCAACAAGAAAUGGAUCAGAGAAAGAUGACUCCGGUGAUGAUGUUGAUGCUGGAGAUGAUGAUGGUUUUGAUGAAGAGGAUGACGAAGACGAUGAUGGUGGGAAAGUUGAGGUUCCAGCAACAAGCAUGAGAUCAAACAAUGUCGACUCCGGCGAUGAUGAUGAUGAUGAUGAUGGUGGAGAGGAUGAUGUUUUUGAUGAAGAGGAUGACGAAGAUGAUGAUGGUGGGAAAGUUGAGGUUCCGGCAAAAAGGAAGAGAUCGGACAAAGACGACUCUGGCGACGAUGAUGAUGGUGGAGAGGAUGAUGAGAGACCGCCCAAACGAUAGGGGUGAAGCUGAAUCAUGGACAGAUUAGGUCAAUCUCUUUCUCCCCUCUCAAAUCCAUAUUACCUCAAAUGAAGAAUAGGAUGCUUCAAAGUAGCUGUUCUGCUGCCUUCCUGUUAAUAUUUUGGUCCAGUAUCAUCUAGUUUACCAAUCUUCAGGGUCUUUAAAACUGUUUAGAGUUAGAUCUAGAUCUGGUUUGAUAAAGGUUAAAUAGUUCAUCUUUUGGGUAAAUGCUUCUCCUUAGGCAUGGGUUCUUCAGUGCUCUUUUUUGAUUCCCAGACUUUGGAUGAUGGAAGAUAUUUUUGUGGAUUUAUUGUUAAGAUGUUUUGAGGAAAAAUCGAUUUCUUGCUGUUGUA